ACACUCGGGACACACCCUUUCCUACCACACAGUGUGGUACAGUGCAGUGCAGUGGACAGGAGGUGGUUGAGAAACGUGUUCAAUAAGUCAGGAAAGUCUCUCAGCUCUCAGUCAGAUGGAGGUAGACCAGAUGGUGCCUUUGCCAAGGUUGCCCCGGGUCGCCGUGUGUGGAGGUACCCAUGGCAAUGAGCUGUCCGGUGUGUAUUUGGUGCGAGAGCUGCUGAAACUGCAGAGAGAAGUUAUGAAGAAAGAGCAAGAGGAGGACUCGAAGCCUGCGUUGGUGCUGCUGGUGCUGUCAAACCCGCGGGCAAUGCAGCAUUGUCGCCGAUACGUAGACACUGAUCUGAACCGCUGCUUUACCCACGCCACCCUCAAUGGUCCCUUCUCAGACAUGGCCCCCUAUGAGAUCAUCAGGUCCCGAGAGCUGAACGCCCUGCUAGGACCCAAGGGCAGUCCGGAGGCAGUGGAUCUGGUCUGCGACCUCCACAACACCACUGCCAACAUGGGCCUGUGCUUCAUCGGAUACUCUGACUGUGACUGGAUCUGCCUGCACAUAUUUAGACACCUGCAAAGGGAGAUGCCAGAUACACCAAUGAGAUUCCUACAUUUUGAUGUGUCCAACAAAGAGUCCUAUUCCCUUGAUUCACUGGGAAAACAUGGCUUUGCCAUGGAGAUCGGCCCUCAGCCUCACGGCGUGGUGAGGUCAAACAUCUAUACAGCAAUGAAAGUGGGUGUCCAGCACAUGCUUGACUGGGUCCGCCUCUUUAACUCAGGUAAUGUGUUUGAGGGAGGAUUUGUGGACGUGUUCACCAUGGUUAAACACAUCGACUACCCGAGAGACAGCGAGACCCGCAAUAUCACAGCAGCCAUUCAUCCUUGUCUCCAGGACCGAGACUUCUGCCUGCUCCACCCUGAAGACCCCCUGUUCCAGACGUUCUCAGGAGAAACAGUGAGGUAUAAAGGCACUGAACCUCUCUAUCCUUUCUUCAUCAACGAAUGCGCUUACUACGAGAAGGGCAUCGCUCUCUCCCUGGCAAGAAAGAGGCGCAUCACGAUUCCUGCAAUCCGGGUGCAGACGGAGCAGGAGCAACAAGCUAAUGAGCAGGGAUUUGCAUCAGAAGAAGAGGAGUGAAGACGUUUCCAACACGAGAGUGAUGGCUGAAUUAAAUUUUUACAAAAGCUUUCAUUGAAAUGAUGGCAUGCGUUAUCUUUCACAGACAUGCCACUGUGCAUUCAAGAAUUAAGUUUCUAGUAAGAAUUGAAUGUGUAAAAACAGAUGGCACGAAUUCAUAGGCAAUUUAAUUAUUUUAAAUAUUUAAAUUAAAAAAAUAGAAAUUCACUACCGAUUACUACAGCGAUGAUCAGGAUAUGUUCAAAAUGAAGUGCAAAGAAGCUUGUAAUAACAUGACCUUUAAAGUACAGUCACUGUACUGUUUCAGGUUCCUUGAAAUUAAUAAGUCAA